UUGAUCAUUCUUCUAUAAACACACAUGCCAAACCCUAAAUAAUCUACAAAAUUAGUCUCCAAAUAAUUAAAUUUAUCUACGGCCAAGUCUUAUUACACACUAAAAAUAGGAGAGUAGACUUAGCUCAUCAAAAAGACUAGUUCAUUCUACAACUUCCUCACUUCAGCAUAAAUACCAAACAUGUGAACCCAUUGAGGUUUAGCUUUUCACUAUAUAGCACACAAGAUGAAUCUCAACGUCUCCUCCUUUUCUCUCCUCUCCCUAACCCUCUUACUCCUCUUCUCGCCCACCGUUACAGCCGAUAACAUCACACAUGCGUUUGAGAAAUACUCCAACUUCAGCACCAUGAGUGACCUCUUCACCAAAACCAAGCUCACUACACUCAUAAGCAAGUACCAAACCAUAACCUUACUCGCUGUUAACAACAACAACAUCAGCUCUAUCACUAACAAAUCCGCCAUUGAGCUCAAGAACAUCCUCAUGACUCAUGUCAUUCUUGAUUACUAUGACGAGCUCAAGCUUAAGGGGAUGAAGGAGAAGAGCAUCAUGCUCACUACCUUGUACCAAACAACCGGUUUGGGUGAAGAGAUGAAUGGUUUUCUCAACUGUACCAAAUCCAAAGGAAGAGUUUACUUUGGAUCCGGAGUAAAGGGCUCACCACUAAACGCUGAGUAUGUUACCACGUUGUAUCACAACCCUUUUAACCUUUCUAUAAUACAGAUUACCAUGCCCAUUGUGGCUCCUGGACUCAGCUUAGCCGUUCUCCCACCUCCACCACCACCCGUUCCUUUAGCUCCAGCUCCUGCUCCAUCUACUAUGAAUGCUGCAAUGGCUCCAAGUCCAUCUCCCAUGAGUGGUGCAACCCCUCCAGCUCCAGCUCCAGCUCCUGGACCAGGUAAUGAAGACAAUGCCUCGGAUAGUAAUGUACCAAAACUUACACCCGAAACAGAGACACCAGAGGUUGAUUCUCCAGCACCUACUCCAAGCGCUGAUAAUGAGAAGAUUGAAGCUGCUGAUAAGGCUGGGAAGACCUCUUCUGCUUGCAAGACACGUUUUAGCUUUGAAGUUGUUGUUCUCUUGAUGGUAUUUUUUGUUAGCUUUGCUUAGUUUUUAAGUUGGAGUUAGAUCAUGUGGUCUGAUGACAAUAAUGGUAGAUGAGAUUCAAAAACAUUUAUUCAUUUUGUAGCUUUUUUUUUUACCAAGAAGAGAGACGACUGUGAUCAUGCAAAUGUGGUAUUUGUCCUGUUGAACUUUUCUAAUUCUAAGUGUGUUUAAAACAUAGA